AUGGCUUCACGAGUGCCUCUAUUGGUCACAGGAAAGUCACGCAAGCCAUCGCGAGGAACCGUCACCCCGCGCGCAAAGCCAUUAAAUGCGCCUCGAGUGAAUCGUUCUGAUGUAACUGAAGUUCGAAAACCUGCCGAGACUACUACCAAAUUCUUAGCAAGCCAAGAUGAGAAAUUGAGUCCAAGAUCCGGAAAAGCUCUAUCUUUUAAGGAUCCAACACCUACAGCUUCAGUUAUUAACGCCUCUACCAUCUCUAAUUCAAAUUCCUUAGCUGAAGCCAAAACUACGGCAGAAUUAACGACUUCUAUAUCCAAGACAAAUACAGCGAAAGCCACUAGAAUUGUCAAUGUGGCUCCAUCUUCAAAUCAAGACGAAUCAAAAGAUACGACAGCCGUUAAUAGUACACAAUUGACAACUUCACCAAAUAGGCUAAAAACAUCCAGUUCACAUUUACCACCACCAGUGCGCUCGCCCAUUGUGCUUCCAGUGCAGCAUUCCGAGAGACUAGUAAAGAUUGAUUCAGCUGGACCACUAUACCGUGCAAGUCCCGUCGUGCGUCCACGUGCUGGAAGCAUUGGCAGCAUUUCAGGAAUCCGUCCACGUGGCACAAGUAUUGGCAGCUCACCAAUCUCGGAUACAAUAAAACAACGAAGGUUACGGACUUUGGACAUUAAGCCACAUCAAUCAUCUCGACGAAUGCUACGACAAUCGCAUCAAUCGCUCAAUCCAGCGUCUCCACUAUUACUGGGUGGGAAAUUGGCUUUAAAUCUCAGCUCAGUUCCUGAUAUCCAAUUGAAUCAUCAGUCUUCAAGUACAAAACAGUCGCCUAGUACUAAGGUUACCACGAAGAAGCGGUCAGUAUCGUCCAAGCGCCAUAGACCCGACGUAUCAACUGCUGGUUUGCCUAUCGACACUUCGCCGCGCCGUUCAUCCAGGAAACGGAUAACACGCUCGAAUUGUGGUAAGACGGAGAACAUCAAGAGUUCAAAUAGUGAGUCAGAAGAUGCAUGCAACGAAGAUCCAAAACACCUUGAGUUACCAAAAGAGGAGACGAACAUGUAUGUCCCUGCGCGUGAACGAGCAACUUUGUGGGCCAAGUCGCUACUUCAAGGUAAGGAUGAAUUGAAACAGAGACCGACAAAAAGUCGUAAAAGACGCAGCAAUUCGAAUGCAUCUCCUAUCCCAACGCUUCUCACUGCUAUCGGUGGUGGAGUUCUCUCUCGCAGCAAAAUGGUGGAACUAUUACAAAAAGAACCAUCUCAAAUGACAAUGGGUGAGUUGGCGCUAACUGUGCCUAAAGGGGGGCGCGUAAAGCUUCACGAGCGUGAAGAAAAUGAAUCAAACACUUCAAGCGGGACACAUCCUUCGAAUGCACAAAAUCGCAUGCGUACACUUUCUGUAUCAUCUGAAGCAGCAGCUUUUGCUGGAUCAAUUGUGACACCCCAAGUGCAAAUUAUUGAUGGCCAAAUGGUUGUGGUGGAAAAUAGAAUCGCAUUGGGUGACAAUUUAAACGUGAAUGAUCCGCGACUGUCGUUUCGACAGACAGAUUUGCACAAUCGUUCGUCCCAUCCACAGGGUCCGGGAAAACGCUGGAGUAAGGAAGAGACGAAGCAUUUUUAUUAUUGCCUCAGCCAAGUUGGUCCAAAUUUUUCUAUGAUGGCAACUCUCUUUCCAACCCGAAAGCGACGGGAAUUAAAAAACAAGUUCAAAUAUGAAGAAAAACGACACGGUCGAUUAAUUGAAAUUGCUUUGCGUGCGUCCACAGCUCCACUUGAUAAAGAAUUAGCGGACGUGAUUUCACAAAUGGUAGACAAGGAAGCACAAGAAAAAGCAAAAACAAAGCAAAAGCGUGACGACGAUGACACUAUGUCGAAUGUGAGCUCUGUCACACCACAAGUCGAGUUUGUCGAAACAAUGGACGACGACGAUUUAUUUCGUCUCAAUCGUUGUGGCUCAUUCGAUUUUAGCGGCUAA